AUGGACGAUGUCAAACCGACCACCGGUUCACCUUGCGAAGAGUGCAGUACUACGUCUGAAUUACAAGAUUGCGGUCACUGCUCCAAGAAGCUGUGCGCAGAUUGUUGUGCUAAGCAUUUGCAAGAUCUGAAGCAAGAAGUAGCGAAGCUAUGUGAUACUUUAAAUACGGAGACUGGACCCACGCUUGAAAAUCAGGCGGAAAAAAUAGCAUUACUGAUGUCAAAAUUGUCUAACACGAAGCAAGAGCUCAGUCAAAAGUUACAGGAUGCGCAUGACGUGCUCGUGACGCAAAUCCAUGAUUUGCGAGAGCGCAGUAUUGAACUUGUGAACAAAGUCGAACAGAAUUCGCUAUCGGAUAUUGACGAACAAAUCACGGAAAUUGAUACGCUUCUUGCCCGUAUUGACACCGUAUGCGCAAAAUCAGCAGACAUUGAAAAGGAACGAGUAAGUAUCAUUUGA